GCCCCCUCGCCGCUCUGUUCCCUGGCGUGACUCGGCACUGUGAUCCCCGGGAGAAGCUCCACGGUCGCCACCUCCUCCGUCCAGGCCCCGACCUUCCUCUCCCGGAUCGUCGUCUUCAGUUUCGAAGCCGGUGGCGUCUCAGCCUCCUUUGCAGGCUCUCUGAGAAUGGUGGGAGUGAAGCCGGUCGGGAGCGACCCGGAUUUCCAGCCGGAGCUAAGCGGCGCGGGCUCCAGGCUCGCCGUGGUCAAGUUCACCAUGCGAGGGUGUGGACCAUGUCUAAGGAUUGCCCCAGCAUUCAGUACUAUGAGUAAUAAGUACCCACAGGCAGUUUUCUUGGAAGUAGAUGUACACCAGUGUCAGGGAACAGCUGCCACCAACAAUAUAUCAGCAACACCUACAUUUUUGUUUUUUCGGAACAAAGUAAGAAUUGAUCAAUAUCAAGGAGCAGAUGCUGUGGGAUUAGAAGAAAAAAUCAAGCAGCACUUAGAAAACGACCCUGGAAGCAAUGAGGACACAGAUAUUCCAAAAGGCUAUAUGGACUUAAUGCCUUUUGUUAACAAAGCUGGCUGUGAAUGUCUUAAUGAAAGUGAUGAGCAUGGAUUUGACAACUGUUUACGGAAAGACGUGACCUUCCUGGAAUCUGAUUGUGAUGAGCAGCUGCUUAUUACUGUGGCAUUCAAUCAACCUGUUAAGCUUUAUUCGAUGAAAUUUCAAGGGCCAGAUAAUGGUCAGGGUCCUAAAUACGUAAAAAUUUUUAUCAAUCUACCCCGAUCUAUGGAUUUCGAAGAAGCAGAAAGAAGUGAACCAACUCAGGCUCUGGAACUAACAGAGGAUGACAUUAAAGAAGACAGCAUCAUUCCACUGCGCUAUGUUAAGUUUCAGAAUGUCAACAGUGUAACUAUAUUUGUGCAGUCCAAUCAAGGUGAAGAAGAAACCACACGAGUUUCAUAUUUUACUUUCAUUGGUACUCCAGUCCAGGCAACAAAUAUGAAUGACUUCAAACGAGUAGUGGGCAAAAAAGGAGAAAGUCACUAAGGUACCGGAGACACGGGAAGGCCACGUGGCGAUCAGACCCACAGCUCCCGGACGACCGCUCGGUUCUCGCCAGAGACUGUCACAAUUCCAUCCAUUGCCAUUACCGAUAAAUCAUUGCUUUUGUCCCGAAGAUAGCACUAGUUUCUGUUGUAAUCUUGUUACAUGCAAUUGUAAAUAAAAGUCACUACUUUUGCCAAGCUUAAUUUUUGUUCUUCUAAAUAAGUAUUUCUCUUUCCAUUCCUUUGAAAAUUGGCGACUUUUGAUUUAGAAGAAACUGAAGUGUCAGCUAGCACAUGAAACUAAAGCUCGUUUCUCUUUUCGGAGGAGCCGCACUGAGCUAGGGAAUGAAGGCACACGAGUGCCCUCGCGUGCAGACGUGCGGAGCGGGCGGCUCUGAUCAGUGCAUCGGAGCGGCCAACCAUGUUCAGAUGAGUCCAAACUCACGUUUGCUGAGCGGCGUCUGGGUGCCUGGGCUGUAGAAAUUUCUCAAACGACAAACUACCAGAAAUGAAACAAGCGUAGUGAGAUUUAACUGUUCUCACCUAAAACAUGUAGUUAAUGAAUCCACAGAUUGGACUUCCUUCUGGAUGAACUUUAAAAAUUGGAGUCAGCCGUUUGCUUACUGAAAGAGGUGUGUUGAAAUUCGACAGUAGAGAAAAUACAGAACUCAGAAUUCAUGAAGCAACAUGAAUUAAUGUCCUCUAAUCAAGUAUUUAUUCUUUUAACUACCAAAAGAUGCAGUAUAAAUAUUCAGAAAACUUGGUUUAAGGUUGAAAAUGAAUUGGCCAAAUGUUUGUGAUGAAAAGGUCUUUCAUAAAAGGCUGGUAAAACAAAACAUCUAUCUUGUUCUGUUCCUUAUUGCUUUUUUUAAAUCUUGAAACUGUAAUCUGUGAAGUAUUGGUAAAUCUAAUGUUUUAAUUUUUAAGGUUAAAAUGUAAUAUUUUAAUUUCUCUAUUUUAAAAAUUCAGUGUUUGAAAAGAGUACGUAAGACAUAGUUUUAAUUCAGUUAAUUAAAUAGUAGGUUUGAGGGCAUUUUUGUCUGGGAAUAUAGUGGAGAUACCAUUUUGCCUUUGGGAGACCAAUGUAUUUACACACAUUCAUGAAAACAAUUACACGUCAGUUUCUGUGUGAAAUUUUGUCGCUUUCUGAAACCCCAGUGUCAUUAGAUAAUGUUUAGUUCCUUUGUAUGUGAGCACAUGGACUGGUCCGUGGUGAUUUCUGUGUAUCUUAUGUAUUUCAUUUUUAUGUUGCCUUGGGUCAAGUGAAGGCAGAAGGGCAAGAAAUAAAGGUUUAUAACACUCCUUAA